AUGAACAUCGAUCAUCACUUUCUUUGUCCAAAGAAACUCUUGAGGCUUUGUAACAAAAAGAUUGACAAGGAGGUAAUGAGAAAUCUUCAGCUUUUAACGGAGAAGUUCCUAUCAGACAUAAUACACAGAUCUGCAUUGCUAUGCAAGCACAAAGGCAAGAGUGUUGUGGACAGUAGCGAUAUACGGUUUGUCAUUGAAAAGGACUUUGACUAUAGCUUUGGAGGAAGAGAAAUCCAAGGCUCUACGGCAUUACCAACUAGCGAACACUUAGAAAGAAUGGCGGAGAUUAGUAGGCAAAAUAAAUAA